AUGCAGCUGUUUGGAAACCGUACAGCUCUCAGUGUGUCACCGCUGAGCUGGGAAUCGAUAUCAAAAAGCUUUACCCUGGGUCUGGUGGUGUUCGGUAUUUUCACUAGUGACUUGGAUGACGGAGUAGAAAGAGUGCUCAUUGAAUUCCUGGGCAACGUGGAGCAGAGAAUGACUGCAGAUGUGCUGGAGCAAGAAUUGCACAACCUGCCUGAAGAUCAAGCUCUAGAGAUCUCUCCUUCGUUUCCAGCCACUCGAUGUAGGCUCAUAGGGACCGUUUUACUCUACAUCGACCGCGAGAAUUUUUAUAGUAAUUCCUCGCGAUUUUCGGGGGCAGGGCGCAUCUGUGCGCCUCCCGUUUCUUGCCGGCGGAUCCGUCGCCGCAUCCCGGUGCCGAGAAUGUUUCCUACGAUCAGGGUUUCCUUCUCGGGAGUGGAUCCUGAAGCCAAGUACAUUGUGUUAAUGGAUAUAGUUCCUGUGGACAAUAAAAGAUAUAGAUAUGCCUACCACAGGUCUUCCUGGUUAGUGGCUGGAAAAGCUGAUCCUCCGCUCCCUGCAAGGUUGUACGUGCACCCUGACUCCCCGUUCACGGGAGAGCAACUGCUGAAGCAGAUGGUGUCCUUCGAAAAAGUCAAACUCACCAACAACGAGCUGGAUCAGCAUGGCCAUAUCAUUUUGAACUCCAUGCACAAGUACCAGCCAAGGGUCCACAUUAUUAAGAAGAAGGAUCACACAGCUUCUUUGCUAAAUCUGAAGUCGGAAGAGUUCAGGACAUUUAUCUUUCCAGAGACAGUUUUUACAGCUGUUACCGCCUACCAGAAUCAAUUGAUAACCAAGUUGAAAAUUGACAGCAACCCUUUUGCUAAAGGAUUCCGGGACUCUUCCAGACUCACUGAUAUUGAGAGAGAAAGCGUGGAGAGCCUUAUCCAAAAGCAUUCCUAUGCCCGAUCCCCCAUUCGAACAUAUGGAGGAGAAGAUGAUCUCGGAGAUGACAGCCAGGCAACACAAAGCAGAGGGUCAGCUUUUACAACAUCUGAUAACCUGUCCCUCAGUUCCUGGGUAUCCUCCUCAACCAGUUUUCCUGGAUUUCAGCAUCCACAGUCUUUGAGUGCCCUGGGUACCAGCACUGCAUCCAUAGCUACACCCAUUCCUCAUCCAAUCCAAGGAUCUCUGCCUCCAUACAGCCGCCUGGGAAUGCCUCUUACACCCUCUGCUAUAGCCAGCUCCAUGCAAGGUAGUGGCCCCACUUUCCCUUCCUUCCACAUGCCCAGGUACCAUCAUUAUUUUCAGCAGGGUCCUUAUGCAGCUAUCCAGGGACUGCGUCACUCCUCCGCAGUGAUGACGCCGUUUGUAUGAUUGAUCUAAGACAAGAGAAACAUGAGAUUUUAAACAUGCAAGUUUGGUAUGAAAAAUACAAGGGACCUUCCUGAAAGGCCUGUGGCAGGAGUGCUGAACUUGUAACCAACCAGCUAAGAAAAUGCAUUAUGGAUAUAGAUUCCUCCGUUGAGGGAUCACAAGAAGCAAGCAUGCAGCAUGGAGCUGCUCACGGAUCUAUGUGUAACACGGCCGAAAUGGAUCCCAAAGCUCCCAGGAUUUUUGGUCACGUGCAGCUUGUUCCAAAGGUGCAUUAUACCUAGCGGAAAGAGAUUAUGUUUAUGCAGCAGUGUAAAAAUUAAUUGUGUAUAGGUCUUUUUUCAUACGCUAGAAGAAUUCUGAAAAAGGCAAUACUCUUACUCAUCUUCAUCUCUUCUUGUGACUGAUGAGCAUCUAAACAGUAAAAAUGUAUUGCUAUAACUGAGCAUGUUUUAGGCUAUCUCAGCAUACAUUUGCUGGGAACAGGACAAAGUGGAGAAGGCCACCGUCCUUUUUAAAAGACUGGCUUAUAUUCACCAAAAGCGGUAUUUCUUAGUUGCUACUAUAAUCCCAAAGAGAAAAUUAUUAACAAGUCUUUCUUUCUUUCUUUCUUUGUUUCUUUCACAAAACACUAUCAGUUCCAAAAAAGAACUGUGUUACAGGACUGUAGCAGUAAUGAU